CCCCGUCGCAAAUCGCAACCAGACAGAACAACAUCCGCAAGGCCCGAGCGCCCAACUACUAUUUCUCCCUCUCCCACCUUUUCCUCCCCACCACCACCACCUACCUCCCUCCUAUUCGUCGUCGCCUCCCACCACCACCCCCUCCUCCUCCUCCUCCCCGUGCAGACCUCCGCUCCGCACCGCCAACCCGUCGUAACCCUAGCCUAGCCUAGCCUAGUCCAGCCUGGCCUCACCUGGCCCCGCUCCGUCCAUGUGCGCCGCCACCGCCUCCCCGUGUUCGUAGCCGCCGCCGCCGCCGCCGCGGGGAAUCGUCCUCCUCCCAUGGGUUCCGCAUACGCCGCCGAGAGGACGCCGAUCGAGGGAGAAUGAGGUGCUGCGUCUGCCGCGUAUCCUCCGCCGGGUGCCGGGCCAUGGGCGUUGCGGGACGGGCGAACCCGACGUCGUCGCUGCGCAGCCGACGCUGCCUCCGCAUGCGGCCGUCGUACGCCCCGUUCUCCGAGCCCUUCACUGAACGCCCGGCACCCGCCGCCCCGUCCUCCUCCCCAUCGUCCCCUGCUGCUGCCGCGCCGAGGGCGUAGGAGCCGCGGCCGGACCACCGACAUCUCCGGCGAUCUCGCUGGCCAAUCUCUCUUUGCUUCCUCCCUCCCUCUCUCUCUCGCUCUCGCUCGUAGAGUCAUUUGCUUGUCGGGGCUGAUCCGGAAUGGAGGUGUUUGGUUCUGGGGAUGAGGUGGUCGAUGCUGAAUACGCGGAAGUAGAUCCAACCGGGCGGUACAUGCGCUAUAAUUUGAUUCUGGGGAGAGGAGCUUUCAAGACUGUUUACAAGGCAUUUGAUGAGGUCGAAGGCAUUGAGGUUGCAUGGAAUCAAAUCAACAUAGAUGAGGUGAUGCAAUGUCCAGAUAAUCUUGAUAGGCUCUACACAGAAGUUCAUCUUCUGAAGUCUCUCAAGCAUGGAAAUGUUAUGAAGUUUUAUUAUUCGUGGAUUGAUGACCAGAGUAAGACAAUUAAUGUCAUCACAGAGCUGUUCACAUCUGGAAGUCUCAGGCAUUACCGUCAGAAACAUCCACGUGUUAACUUGAAGGCAAUAAAGAAUUGGGCAAGGCAGAUUCUUCAUGGGUUGGAUUACCUGCAUAGCCACCAACCUCCAAUUAUCCAUAGAGACUUGAAGUGUGAUAAUAUUUUUGUUAAUGGAAACCAUGGAGAAAUUAAGAUUGGAGAUCUUGGACUAGCUACAGUAAUGCAAACACCUAGGGCAAGGAGUGUUAUUGGUACUCCAGAAUUCAUGGCACCUGAACUUUAUGACGAAAGCUAUGAUGAACUUGUUGAUAUAUACUCAUUUGGAAUGUGCUUGUUGGAGAUAUUUACUCUUGAAUAUCCAUACAGUGAAUGUACGAAUCCAGCUCAGAUUUUUAAGAAAGUAUCCACAGGUGUUAAACCUGCUGCAUUGGCUAAAAUUUCUGAUAUUCAAGUAAAGCAGUUCAUUGAGAAAUGUUUAGUUCCUGCUUCUGAGAGGUCGUCUGCCAAAGAACUUCUGCAAGACCCAUUUCUUUGUUCUGACAAUACACAUGAACCUGCUGCCACUAAGUUUACGUCUCCAGCACCUAAUAAAACAGUAGAUAUUUCUCUGGCGUCUUUGCAUAUGGAUGUUGACACUUUUGAAUCUAGCCCUACUAAUUCAGGCAAGGAGAAUGGUUGUGUUGCUCCACAUACACCAGUCCUGGAGUUCACAAGAACCAACAAAAAUACAGAGCUAAAGCUAAAGGGCGAGAAACUUGAUAACAACUCUGUCUCACUGGUUUUGCGAAUAGCUGAUUUGUCUGGUCAUGCAAGAAAUAUUCAUUUCCUCUUCUACUUAGACUCUGAUACAGCUAUGUCUGUAGCUGCUGAAAUGGUUGAACAAUUGGAGUUAGCGGACUGCGAUGUUACUUUCAUUGCUGAUUUUAUUGACCUUUUGAUAGUGAAUCUUGUUCCCGGUUGGAGACCUGUAAAUGAGGCAGCAGCAAACUCGUAUAGGCAGCCUGAAAGUGAACUUGCAAUCGCUUCCCAUCAGAACAUCCCAAAGUUGGUACCUGAUUAUGCAUUAAUUGAUGGUAUGAUGCACCCAAAAGAUGUGAAUGCAUCAUCAACUGGUUUUCUUGAUUCUGUCUUAAGUGCAACUAACCUAGGAGGAUCACAAGGUUCUGAAGGUUCGGUCAUUUCUGUACAGCUUGCUGAGAGUUCCAAAAGUGUGAGUGACUAUGGGGCUGAGGAUUACAGUACUACUAUGGACUGUGGUGGUGUGUACAAAGAGGGAAUCAGUAAAGUAGAUUGCAGCCAUGUUUUAGAUGAUGGAUCGAGGUCCAUUUUCCAUAUAGAUCAAGCAUCACCUUUCUUGGAGUUGGCCAGCAGUGGUUCAUCAACUUCUACGGAUAAUCAGGAUGUGCUGAACGGGGAGCUUGUUUUGAUUGAAGCUCAGUACAAACAUUUUGUUGAUGAGUUGACAAGGAUGCGAGAAGAGGCUAUGGAAGGAGCUCGAAAAAAGUGGUUGCCAGAUAAAUGACGAUUUUGUUUGAAUUUGGCAUUUCUUCUAAACAUCAUAACUCAUAAGCUAUGUUCGAUUUCAUGUUCGAAGUGUGAGAAACGUUAAUAAUCUGUUUUAGUUAAAGCAUUGAUGUAGUUUGCAAGUCAGCAAACUUCGAGGCUGCCCCCACCUUGAUCAGGUGUCCGUUC